AUAUAUAUUAUGUUACAUACAUUUAUUUUUAUCAGUGAUACUUAGAUUUCAACGCUCUGAGUAGUUUUAUCGAAUGUUGGUGCCGUCAGUAAAUAUAUUUAAUAUUAUUAAUAAACACUUUUAACAAUUAAAAAUAAAAAAAAGAUCAAUGAAAUUUUUAACAAAACUCAACAAAUUAGAAUAAUAAGCGCAGUUACAUAAAGUUCAAGUGAAGAGUAAAAUGAUGAUGUAGAAAUUGAAGCAGAGUUUUAUAACCUAUAUUCAAACGACAAUUUAAUCACGUAGCAAAUUUUGAUAAAAAAAUGGCUGAAUAUUCAAGAGAAGUAUUAAAACUUAUCGUCGCCCAAAUAUGCCAAGCUGUCGGUUGGCAAUCAGUGCAUACAUCUCCCCUGGAAAUAAUGGUCGAUUUACUGGAUGAGUACUUGCGCCAAAUGGGCCAGAUUUCUCACAAUCACGCAGAAAUACUUGGACGUAUAGACAUUGACCUACAAGACGUGGGUCUAAUUUUCCAGAACAUGAACGUUGAGCUUGAUCAGCUGGCAGAGUACGUAAAAAACGCCGGAUCAGUUCCUUGCGUGAUCCAAGUUCCCAAGUACCCGAUUCCUCGCAAGGAUCAUUUUAAUUUCAUGGAUCCUGAAUUUUAUAAGCGCCCAAUGUACCCCAACUUCAAGGAAUUGUCCGAUGAGGAAAAAGAAAUAUUUGAAGCUAAGAAUAUAAAGAUAAAUAUAAAUAACAAUCAACGCGACGUAAUUAAGCGACCUGGAGAUUCUCUGUUUGGAGGUUUAGCUUCGGGUAAACGGAGCAAACCGAGCAGCUCUAAAUUAAUGAGAAAGGUCCAUAGUGUCGUGAUGACAACUUCGGGUUUUUUGGCACCGGUUUGCGAAGGUAAGUUACCGGAAUCAUGGACUUCGGCAAAAAAUCAUGGAGAGUUUUAUGAAGAGCCUGAGAUUAGUAUUAUUAAUGAGUACAAAAAUGAAAAUUUAGAGUUACCUGUAAGAGAAUCUACAAAUUUAAUUAUUAAUACAGAAAUUCCUGAGAUUAAAAUAUCUAAAGUUGAAUCAUUAGCAAAUUUACCACAAGAGCGAGAAAAAUGGAAUGUAAAUUCAGUAAUUACUCCAAAUUUAUUUCCAGAAAAUCAAUUGAGCUUAAAAAAUAAUCAAAUUACUGACAAAAAUGAUAAAUUGAAAAAAUUUAAAGAAAAAAACAAAAAACACAGAAAUAAUAAUAAUAAUAAGAAAAAAAUAAAAGACGAUGAUGUAAUAAUUGUUUAUCCUCUUGAUACACCUGUACGUCAGUCUUUAGAAAAAAAACCAAUUAAAGAUAGGAAUAUAAAACUUUCGUCAAAUACUUAUUCUCCAAUUUUAGCCUCUGGGAAUUCUAAAAUUUCUAAUGAAGAAAAGAAGAAAUAUAAAGCAGGUACAAAAAUAAAUUCAGCGAAAUCUUCUGAGGAUCUAGUUGAGAAAGUAACACUUAAAUUUCCUGAAGAAAUUGACGAUGCUGAAUCUGACUUGGUAAUACUUCCUUCGCUGGUAGUGAAGAGAAAAAUAAAGCAGAAGAAAAUUUUGAAGAAUGUUAAAAAAAGAAGGAAACAGCUGAGGGGAGAAGUUCCGGUUGUUGCUCCUAAAUAUGGCCUAGACGGUGAACGAAUUUGGAUUUGCCCUCCUUGCGGUAGGGAAGACGACGGAACUCCGAUGAUUGGUUGCGAUGAUUGCGAUAUUUGGUACCACUGGGUCUGCAUUGGGAUGCGGGUACCGCCGCCUGAUGAGGUCAAUUGGUACUGCAAACCGUGUCUAGCCAAAAAACGCAAAGAAGGUACUGGUGACAGCAAGAAGAAAUCGCAAGGGGUUAUUUUAUAAGCUGAAUUUUGUUAUUGGUGAACGUAGUUGAGUUUUCUUUUCGAAAUAAGAAUUUUUUGUGAGACUGUUAAGUUUUUGUAAUGAAAAUUGCGACUUGCAAUUUUUUUUAGAAA